GAUCGCGGCACCGCUCCCCGCCCACCCCCCCCGUUCCCUCGUCCCGCCAUGGCGCCCAAGGGCGGCCCGGGCGGGCGGCAGCAGUCGGAGGAGGAUUUGCUCCUGCAGGACUUCAGCCGCAACCUCUCCGCCAAGUCCUCCGCGCUCUUCUUCGGCAACGCCUUCAUCGUCUCGGCCAUCCCCAUCUGGCUUUAUUGGAGGAUAUGGCAUAUGGAUCUUGUUCAGUCCGCAGUCCUGUAUAGUGUCAUGACCCUCAUCAGUACCUAUCUGGUAGCUUUUGCAUACAAGAAUGUCAAGUUUGUUCUCAAACACAAAGUAGCACAGAAGAGAGAAGACGCUGUUUCCAAAGAAGUUACUCGCAAGCUGUCUGAGGCAGACAAUAGGAAGAUGUCUCGUAAGGAGAAGGAUGAAAGAAUUCUGUGGAAGAAAAAUGAAGUUGCAGAUUAUGAAGCGACAACUUUUUCCAUCUUCUACAACAAUACUCUCUUUCUGGUCUUGGUCAUCAUUGCUUCAUUUUUUGUGCUGAAGAACUUCAACCCCACUGUAAACUAUAUUCUUUCUAUAAGCGCUUCAUCUGGACUGAUUGCUCUGCUAUCUACAGGAUCCAAGUAGACAGUUUACUUCUGUGAGAUGGUUGAACUGCCAUACAAAAGUUUAAGGGUGGGAUAGAAAUACUGCUGGUUUGGUUUGUUGUUUUUUUUUAAUAGUGUAACCUCUUGAGGGUAUGGGGGGAGGGUUUGAAUCCAAAACAAUUGAAUUAUAUUUACAUUUGGUAUCUUUACAUGGUAUUAUUCAAUAACUGAAUUAAUCAAUUUUUUUUACUUAGCAAUGAAAGGAAAUGGUGUGUGAGCAGUUACCAAAUGUAACCUUUCUGAGGUACUUCAUAGGUGCGAUGGUACCACAGACGGUGAGACAAAUACACCGUAAGAGGCUGCUACACAGCAGCACGAGCAGCUGUACUUACACCUGUAACGGAAUUCCCCUCUCAGUGUGGUGACUGAGCCAAACUCACUGAUCAUAAAAAGUGGCAAUCCACCAUUUAUCAUUGUAACUUGAAAAGUUUUAAUAAAAAGGAGGUGCUUUUUUGUCAUUUAA